AUGCAAGAAGCGCAACCUCACAGCUGGACGAUGCACGCUGCCGCCAUCAACGACCUCUUCAGCCUCACUCCGGCCGCCGACGGCCCGUGGACGCUCGCGACCAACCUCGUUGCCAACACGACGAGUGUCAAUGCCUGCCCGGACGUCGGCCUGGCCCUCCACCGCUACGUGCAGCUGCUCACGACGACGCUCGUGCUUUUCAUCAACCAGACGCCGCACGCUCGCCAUGCGUUUGCGACGCCCCAGGGUCCUCUUCCGAGCGGCGCCGAGUGCCCGUACGGCGUGUGGCUCGUCAAGGUCGAAGACGGCGCGAUCAUCGAGCCGACAUGCUCUCGGUGA